AUGUCUCACCGACCUCUCGACAUACUGAAACGUGAGCAGCGUGCGGCAGACCGUUCUCCUCACCUUCGAACACGCAGAAAUGGGCCCAUGACUGACACAAUUGAUGGGCUUGACACCGUUGGCGGAAUUUACCAUCAUGGCGGCCCAUAUGACGCUACUUUGGCCUCUCGCAAUCGCAACAAGAUGUAUGCACCCGUUGAAGCCGUUAAGGAAUCCAAUAUGGAGGCCUUGAAAGCCACACCACGUGAAUAUAUCCAGGAUUCGCUGGAUAAACACGUUCCUUUGCAAGGAACUGGUACAAUUCCUGCCGGCGGGAGUGACAUGCGCGGCAAUAUUAUGGAUUACAAGGAAGGAGCUGAUCUGAUGCGCGAACCCGACGCAAAGGGUGGCGCUUACAAGCGAUGGGAUGGAAUUCCUUACCAUCCCGAUGAUCUCAAGGGCAAGGGUGAACCUUCCUACACAUAUGAGAAGGAUCUUAAGGAGAAAAAGCGCAUGCGCAAAGCGUCCCUUGGAAACAGUCCCGCCGAGUUCGAGAUGCGCUCUGGCCUUAACGGCCGCCCACACAAGGAAGUUGGUGCCGUAGUACGCCAGCGCAGCUUCAGCAACGCCGCCGACGGAAGACCCGGGCCCUUAGAGGUGCCGGCCGGGCAAUCACACAGCGCCGACAUUCACCGUCACAACAGCACCGGCAAGCGUUUGAGUGAAGGUUUGAAGCGUCGUUUCGGGAGCCUUCGUCGGAAGAACCAAGCCGCAGCUUAG